AGGCGGCGACGUAAUGCGUCGCGGCGCUUACGCGUAGCCGUGACGUCAAUCUCGCGCGAUGAGACUUGGACGGGAGGCUGCAGUAAACAUCUCUGCGGGAGGAAUUUCUUGUGAAUCUCCUGAGCCCCUUACUGCCAACAUAGCUCAGUAAUGGAAUCAGAGGUUAAAGACGGGGAAGAAGAAAAUCUACAAAGCGCGUUCAAAAAACUGCGAGUCGAUGCUGAAGGGUGCAAAUCUACAGCGUCAGCUCAUGGCUGCAGUACAAGGACAUCUGUGCGACCGUCUUUAGAAGACACCAAACCAAAAAUAUUGGGCUCGCUGAAAGAAAGCUGGCAUAGAUCAUCUAGAAAAACAACCAGAGGAGUGGUGAGAACACCACGGAGAAGACGUUCCAAAUCCCCGGUCCUUCAUCCUCCAAAGUUUACACACUGCAGUGCAAAAGCCUCGUCCAGCUCCCAGCUGAAACACAAAACCCUAUGCGAUACCCAAGAGGGGGGCGGAAGUAUAGGCAGUGCAGUUACCAGUGAUCCACCCAGCACUGCUCUAGACAGUGGUCGAUACAGAAGAUUUUAUCUAGAGCCAUCAGGAGCUUCUCCUUUAGAGACUGUUUCAGAGACCGUAAAAGUGAACGCUGCCGUUUCAUUGACUUCUCCUGCGAGUCCGACGGCCGGUCAUCCCUCAGAUUUUCAGUCUGUAUCCAAACUUGGCACCGGUGCAAAAUGCACUUGUAAAGAGGAGGAAUGCCAGUGCAAGAACUGCUGGCAAAAUAUGGAAGUGUACUCUUUCUCUGGAUUAAGGGACAUGCUAUCGGAGUGCGAGAAGACAGUUAAAGAGGACCACUCUCAGACUUUGCAAAACAGAACUCAGCUUUCAGCUAACGGCACUUCCGGAUCCCCGAGGUCUUGCUCUGAACAAGCCAGAGCAUCCGUGGAUGAUGUCACUAUAGAAGACCUUGCAGGAUACAUGGAAUAUUACUUGUAUAUUCCAAAGAAAAUGUCUCACAUGGCCGAAAUGAUGUACACUUGAUAGGCCUCAAAAUAACGUGCUUGAAUCGAUCUAGCCGCCGCAGGAGCUUUCUUGGCCUUGAGCCCCUUUGUCUCCAUUUGCCAUUAACCACGAGAGUGAUUUCCUAAUUUAACAACCAGCAUUUUUGCCUAUUUAUAUUUAUGUUGUAGGGGUUGUUCACCUUCCAAACACUUUUUUCAGUUCAAUUGUUUUCAGUAGGGAUGCACCGAAUCUACUAUUUUGGAUUCGGCCAAACCCCCGAAUCCUUUGGGAAAGA